AUGCCACGGUCUUCAAGGAGCCCCAGGGACCUGUGUGACCCACCUGAAGAUGUGGUCCACACCUGCAGGGAUGCCAGGUCCAGGAGGGUCAUCCAACGAGGCCGGAACACCUGCAGGAUGACAGAGGAGCCCCCUCCAAACACAAAUGAUGCCUUCGUGCUGCCCAUCCGCGUCAACUCCCCAGCCCCAGGCCUGACUCAGUGCAUGCUGGGAUGUAUGUCCUGGGUCACCUGCCUGGCCUGCUUCCUGAGGACUCAGGCCCACCAAGUUCUGUUCAACACCUGCAGAUGCAAGCUACUCUUCCAGAAGCUCAUGGAAAAGACAGGUGUUCUGGUCCUCUGUGCUUUCGGAUUCUGGGUGUUUUCUAUGCACUUACCGACCAAAAUGGAAGUCUGGCAGGAUGACAGCAUAACUAGUCCACUGCAGAGCUUGAGGAUGUACCAGGAGAAGGUGCGACAUCACACUGGGGAAAUCCAGGACCUCCGAGGUAGCAUGAACCAGCUCAUUGCCAAGCUCCAGGAGAUGGAAGCCAUGUCAGAUGAGCAAAAAAUGGCCCAGAAAAUAAUGAAGGUGAUACACGGAGACUACAUUGAAAAGCCGGAUUUUGCCCUAAAGUCUAUAGGGGCCUCCAUUGACUUUGAGCAAACAUCCGCCACAUACAACCACGACAAGGCUCGCUCCUACUGGAACUGGAUCCGUCUGUGGAAUUACGCCCAGCCCCCGGACGUGAUCCUAGAGCCCAACGUGACACCAGGCAACUGCUGGGCCUUCUCGGGUGACCGUGGCCAGGUGACCAUCCAGCUGGCCCAGAAGGUCUACCUGAGCAACCUGACGCUGCAGCACAUCCCCAAGACCGUCUCACUGUCAGGCAGCCUGGACACCGCGCCCAAGGACUUCGUCAUCUACGGCGUGGAGGGCUCCCCCAGGGAGGAGGCAUUCCUGGGGGCCUUUCAGUUCCAGCCAGAAAACAUCAUUCAGACGUUCCAGCUCCAGAACCAGCCCGCUCGGAAUUUUGAUGCAGUCAAGGUGAAGAUUUCAAGCAACUGGGGGAAUCCGCGAUUCACCUGCUUGUACCGCGUGCGCGUGCACGGCUCUGUGACCCCGCCCAGAGAGCCGCCCAGCUAG